AAUAAAUGAUGAGACGUCAUUAUAUACACACCAUACACCACCAUCAUUAACAUCAUCGCCAUUACCUUAUCAAGAAUACAAACUUGUUAAUGAUGAUGAUAAGGAAAAUAAAAAAACAUCACUUGUGAUAACAUCAUCAUAA